AUGCGAGCCGCAUCUGCCGGGAUGGGUAGCAACCUUUGGACACUCCCGCUCUCUCCCUCCGGCUUCAACGUAGUAGUUGCCGUGCUUGGUGGGUUUCUCUCCACGUUUGGUCUGAUAUCGUACCUGCUCAAGGAGCACUACUAUCUUCCAGAAGCCCUAAUCUCGCUUUUAACUGGCAUACUUGUCGGCCCCAAUGGACUUGGCUUCAUCUGCCCCGGUGACUACACUGGCUGUGACGUGGAUGGGAUUUCCUCGGUUGAUUGCCAAAAAAGGCUCAGCGUAAUCAUGCUAAACUUCUCCCGCCUGGCUCUAUGUAUCCAGUUGGUCCUCGCUGGCGUGCAGCUCCCCAGCAAGUAUCUCAAGCGGGAAUACAAGUCGCUUUUACUACUCAUCAGGCCCGGUAUGGCCGCCAUGUGGCUAACCACAAGCUUCCUGGUCUGGAUCUAUAUCAACCCCCCUAGCUUCCUGCAUGCGCUCGCCGUUGGCGCGUGCUACGGCGCCUCCCUCCCCUGGAACAGCUUUGUCGACACGGCCAACAUCUCACUCAGGCGCUUGCUGAUUCUCGGUGCGCUGGUCCUCGCGUUCCGACGGCUCCCUUGGAUUGUCACCAUGCACCCAUGGAUCCCUCAAAUCAAGAAUGCCCGCCAGGGAGUUUUUGCAGGCUUUUUCGGCCCAAUUGGCGUGUCGGCCGUCUUUUACCUCUUUAUCGCGCUGGAUUUCAUCGAGCCUCAUCUAAGUGCUGGACAGGGUGAUCCAGGUGGACCACGAACGGACGUAGUGGGUCUCGCGCAGACGCUCCGGACCGUCGUCUGGUUUCUUGUCGUCUGCAGUAUUGUCAUCCACGGUCUCGCCGUCCCACUCGGCAAAGCUUCUUAUAUGGGGCCUUAUACGCUGAGCCGCGUGUUGAGUAUCUCCCUCAGUGAGGAGAUCCGCGUCUGUGUUCCCGGGGCUGUCUUUCCCCGAAUCCGAAUCCCCGGGCUGCCAAAGCCGCUGGACGCAAAACUGGGCGAUAUCGAGUCCACUCAUGUUCGACAUACCGAAAGCGUGGAAGAUGCCCGGGCCCCGAGCGCGGAUACUCAUCACGCCCGCGCAGAAGUGGAUUUGCUGGUAGACCUCACAUAG